AUGGAGCACUCGCUAAGCGCCUGGGUCGCUCUGCUCUAUAAUGAAAGCAUGAGACAGUCCUUCAAUGGUCUUUCGUCGGACGAUGAGAAGUCGCUUCUUGACGCCGUGAAGGAUACAUCGGUCAGUACCGAAACGCAACAGCUUAUAAAAAAUAUUUUUAAUCGGGGUAAAAGGGCCAAAAGUCGUCAAGACUAUCUCACAGCCACUAAUUUGGCACAUCUAAUUGAUAUUGAUUAUGAACACUCCAACGGAAGAAAGCGACAACAUGUUGACGAGGAUCAGGUGGAAAGCAGCCCAGCUGCGAUGCGGCAACGCACAGAAGGUCCUGAACUACGAGAUGGAAUAUCAACCACUUCUCCCGCGAGGGGGUUGAACGAUCCAGCAUCGGCUAAUUCGACUGAGGCUAGGGAGCAAUUGAGGCCUUCAAGUCCAGCUCAUGUGAAUUUCUUCCCUUGGACGUGGCCACUGGGUGAACUACUCACAGAUCCGAACACACUUUACCUCGAAGACGUCUUUGUACCCAGAAUGUGUGACCUUAUUGUCAAAACAAAUGGUUAUGCAUCCGUGACGAUACACCACGCACCGAAUGCUGCAGAUUCUUCUCUUACGAUUGAGAUUUAUAGAAGGUUUAUUCCCUACCUUGCUGCCAAGGUGUUCAGCCUUACGAUGGUAGACAGACAGCCGGGGUGGACUGCGCUGUCCGGGAAUGGCGAUGGGCCUGACAUAGAAGUCGACGGUGAAAAUAGUUACACGAUUAGACGUGCGCGCGAAGCCGACAUUAGGGAAUAUAUUGGUGAACCAAUCUACUCUAUCGCCGGAAGCGGGUCGCGUCCACCAGUCGAUAGUGCACGGAGAUUCACUCGAUUGCUUACCUUAACGCUUUCUGGUGUUGCGAACUCGAAUGGAUUUCUAAAAUUACAGGCGCUACCUGACAAACUAUACACCAUCCAGGUGAAGCUCUGGCCGGAACUGAGGAUGUUCUUCCAGGAAGCGGGUAGCUAUGGGUCCAUUUGA